AUGGGUAAAAGCCCCUCUAUGAUUGGGACUUGCGGUUGGGUUGGGCUGGGUACAAACACAUGCUAUGCUCAUCAGCUCAGCCGUGCCAUGGGCCAUCAACCAACUUUUCUCCCGACCCUAAUCCCCUCCACACUACUAAUGCCAGGAUUCCACCACAUCAACCCCGACAGUCUAGUGCAUCUAAAGUCGUACCAGUACAGAAGCGUCGAUAAAUCCUACCUGUCUAAGUACAUCCUGAACCCAUGGUGGACUUACGCAGCAACCUUCAUGCCUGAUUGGCUGGCUCCCAACGCCAUCACUCUCAUCGGUGUCUCCGGCAUGCUCCUGUCAAUCUUCUUCACCGUCUGGUACACCCCCGAGCUCACCGGCGACGGUCCCUCCUGGAUCUACUUCUUCUCUGCCUUUUCGCUCUUCUUCUACCAGACCAUGGACAAUAUUGACGGCAAGCAGGCCCGUCGAACUGGCUCUUCCUCUCCUCUGGGAGAGCUGUUUGACCACGGAAUCGACUCCCUCAACUGCACCUACGGCGGAAUUGUCAACUGCGGUGCUGUGGCCCUUGGUUCCACCUCCUACGGAGGCCUCAUGGUUCUGUCCACCUGUAUUGGUAUGUACUUUUCUACCUGGGAGACUUACUACACCCACACUCUUUACCUGGGAGUUGUUAACGGCCCCACCGAAGGGCUAGUGGUGGCCCUGUCUACCAUGCUAAUCUCCGGCUUCAUGGGCACCGACAUCUGGAAGGAGGAUGCCGUUGAGGUGCUCCCCUUCCUCUCCUUCAUGGUUCCCGAGUACCUCAAGCUCAACGAGUUCUGGGUCUGGGUCGUCAUGUUCACCCUCGUGGUGCUGCACGUGCCUUUCUGCGUGUGGAACGUCUAUUGGGCCUGCAAGGAGGACGAUGUGCCUUUCUCCGAGGCUCUGGUGGGCCUCCUGCCCUUUGGCGUGGCCGGAGGAGCUGCCUACGUGUGGCUGCAGAGUCCUUAUUCCACUGUGCUGGUUGACAACCACCUUGUGCUAUUUGGACUGACCGCCUCGUGGGUCUUUGGCCGGCUGACCACCGGUGUGAUUCUCAACCACCUCACCAAGCUCGAGUUCCCUCUGUGGAACUCCACCCUGAUUCCUCUUCUGGGAGCCACCGUUCUGUUCUACCUGCUCCCUGCCCUGGGUCUACUGCCCCAGGACAAUCCCCACUUCGAGACUCUGUAUCUGUGGGGCUUCUUUGUCUACGCUGCCGCGAACUUUUUGACCUGGGCUGUUAACACCAUCAAUGUCAUCUGUUCCUACCUUGGCAUCCGAUGUCUGUCUCUGCGACCCGUGGACAACAAGACCAACUAG